AUGGCUCCUACGACAGGCAAUCCUCAAGCUUGUUUUGAAAAGAGAAGUAAAAGAAAUAAGAAGGCUACUGACAAUGGUGAUAAAACUUAUGUACCCUCUGAUCCAGAAACUGCUAAACAACCUACAAAGAGGAGAAAGAGCAAUGCUUCUUUAACUAAGAAGAAGACUAGAUCACAGUUAACCAAAAAUGCACGAAAGAGUAUAGUGGAAACUAUUAAAGAAACAUCUGCUAGUGCACCAUCGAUCGAGGUUGACGUAAAAGCUGAACAAGUUAUUCCAAUCUUAACACCUCCUACAUCACAGCCAAUUCCUACAACUCCAGUACAACCAACCUUUCCACAGCGACAACCUCAAUCAGUUCCAAGAUCACGUUCCACUCCAAGACAGCAACAGGGUCCGUCUAACAAUAUUUUUGAUGAAGAUUUUCUAGAUUUUGGUAAUAUGAACAUUGAUUUUCUUGAAGAUAAAAAUGACAAGAAGAUUAAAGAUUUAGAAGAAAGAGUUAAAAAGUUAGAAAUCGAAAAUGUUCAAUUGGCGACAGUGUUGGAAGAUAAGCUGGGAAUCAAUUUUGAAGAGGAGUUCAAUCGAAUAGAGAUCAGAGAAGUAGAAGCAAGGACUGUUGAAAAAGCUAGAAACCCUGCUGCUGAUCUUGAAUCUUCAAAUGCUGACAAAAGAAAAGAUAAGAACCAGAACCAACCAGAACCAGUAUCAGUCGAUAUCAAUCAAUUUGUUCUCGUUGGUGAACCGUAUGAUGUACCUUAUGAUGACAAAGAAAAGGAAAAGAUGACCAAGAUUGAAAAGAGAAAAGGCAAGAAAAAGAAAGAUGACGAAAAAGAAGACGGAGAUGAUAUAGCUAUUGAUAUCGAUGAUCCUGUUAAUUACAGUGAUGACAACGAUGAUGACGACGAUGAUGACAUGGGAGGUACAGGAUUGGUGAUUGAAGGAAAGAAAACAAAUGACGAUGACAUUAAUGAAUAUUUGAAUGAGAAUCAGAACAAAGAAGAUGCUACCGGAAAGGGGGAGCAAACUUCCGAUCCUGUUAACGAUGCAAAUACUUCAGGAAUUUUUCACAGACGCUACCCCACUAACGACUGUUCCUGA